AUGGAGAGCUGCGAGCACUUUCCGGAGACGUGCAGGAUUGGACACGGCCCCCUCGACGUAGAUAAAAACCCGGGGGGAGGGGAGGUGGUUGACAGGCUCGGCUGGCCGGAGUGGCACAGGCCAGACACGGGCCGGGACGUGGAUAAAAACCCGGCACAUGGCAUCAAGAGGGGUCUCACCGGACCCCCGUAUACUCCGGAACAAGACCACAAAGAAUCCCCCUUUAAGCUUUAUAAGAGCGAUUUCAAUAUUAUAGUAGGAAGAGUUAGCGCUGGCUUGCUCCCCGGCUUCCCUGCCGACGUCAAGGCCCGUAUCUUUGGCGUUGAUGAGGCCUCCGGGCUUGCUCCUUCGACUAGAGCUCCCUUGGAUGCUCGCCUCAGCCUCCAGACACCCCCGAAUGCCGGCGCCCCGUCGUUGGCGGCCGCAGACACCAACACUGGCUCUGGGCGGACAAGGAAAAAGGUCGAGUGGUCUGCCCAUACCCAGUACAAAGAGCCUGCCGAACUGCACGACGCUUCCAGGCCACUCAAGCCGUCGCUGGCUGCCUCUACAACCCCGUCGUCUGCGCCUAGGCCCAUCAAGGGUAUACUCAAGCCAUCCGCCUCCCCCAGCCCGCUCAUUGCAUCUCUGAAUGGAGACGCCAACGGAGACUUGCUUCAAGGAAAUCUCAUCGACAUGCUGGAUUCUACAAUAAAACAGCUCGCCGGCUCUGACCGCGACUCCAAGCUCGAUGCCUACAUGAUGCUGGCACGUGCCCUCAAGGCAUCCAAUAACCUGCCUGACCGUGUUGCUCUUCAGGACAAGAUGAGCCUGUUUACGCAGUUUAUACAGCGCGAUAUUACCGCCAAGAAUGGCAACACAGCCCCCGAUACUUCUCUCAUCAACCACGCCCUCAACCUAGUCACGACUUUCCUACAUUUUCCCGCCAUUGCCUCAACGUUAGCCUCCGAUUUUGGCAUAUUCAUUAUCGACCAUGCCAUUCGUUCCUUGGAAGAUGCCUCGACUACCAAAAAAGACGUCAUUCGUCGUUUGAUGCAAGUCGUGGCCUCCCAAAACUUCACAUCCAAAGUCAUGACAUCUGACCGUGUUGGACGCCUGGUCGCUUCUCUUCACAAGAUUGAAAAUCACCUUGCCGGAAAGAGCAUCAUCAUGAGCCGUAUUCACAUCUACAAGCGUCUCAUCAAACAAGCACCGAAACAUAUGACUGUACACUCUGACUGGCUGCAAGACAUGUUCACAGACAUGCUAAGUAGUAUCAAAGAGAUCAGGAUACAAGCCAUUGACCUCGGCACCGAAGCUGGCUUCAGUUUGCGAUCCGAAAAACCAAUGAUGCGAAGAGCGACCGAAAUAUUGCAGAGGACCAGCAAAGGCGAAGCUUACAUUACCUUUUACAUCUCAAAACUAGAAGAGAUGAUCAAAGACAGAGAGACGUCACCUGUUGUCCCGCAAAUAUGGAGCGUUGUCACCUUAUUCCUGAGAUGUCCUCUGGAGCGAUGGCAGUAUUACGGACCAUGGUUUACUCUUGUUCAGUCGUCAUUCAACAUGACGGAUAGCUUGACCAAACAGGAGGCCAACUACGCAUGGAAUAGAUACAUCUACCUGUCUCUCACCGAUAACGAGGUUUCCCCCAAAGUGUUAGGAACACUUUGCCAGCCACUAUCCAGCCAGCUUCGACGAAAAUUUCCUCCGACGCAAUAUGAGGAAGCUAUCAAGUUGAAACGCAUCGUUCUGGGUGGCGUCUGCAACCUUUAUUACUAUGCUCUUGCGCCAGGUAGCGACAAGUAUCCUGCCGAUACUGUUUGGGAUGUUACUGUGAACCCGAUCCUAAGCCUCCUCAUCAGUCUUGACGGUAAGCCUGAAAGUCACGGUGAUCGUGUUAUGCAAGCAUCACACCUCCUUGUUGGCUUACUGGAUAUUGCGACGCCCCGGGUCUGGAGGCACGACCGAAUUAUGGACCUUCCUCCGGUCAAGACCGAAGAACUGCCGCCCAUUGACUCGAAAUGGGUUCGAAAGAACUGUGAAAAGGUGCUGCAGCAUGUGAGCGCAAUAUUCGAAAGUAAAGUUCUUGACCUGGCCAAUAAAGAGAGCCUGGCAUAUCGACUUUGGCAGGUACUUGUCGGCUCGAUUGCUUCGGCCUCUGCCAAGGAUAUCAAGGUAUCAGAGGAUACAGCAAAGUUCAUUGCCUGCACAUUAAAUUUCAUUGCAAAAAUUUGGUCCGCCGGCAUCCCAGGAGCAGAUGAGACAACCGCCGCGAAAUUCCUGGCAAGCAUAGAAUACCUCAUCGCGGUUCUCGUACAAGGUCUGAAAGUCCUACCUUUUAUGGAAAAGAAGCUGUCAAUGAUCUCCAACACAUUUGAACCCAUUUGGACGCCUUCUCACCGCGGUAAUCGACCCGAAAGCACGCAAGGCAUAUCUCGCAUUCCUGUUUUGCAUCUUGCCCACAUGUUCUCCUCGCUGCCUCCUGGAGCCAAGGACAAUGAAGCGUUCAGCACAUUCUUCUCUAAUGUUUUCGAGCCCUUCUUCAAAGAUCGACCCCGGAAAGCCCGUCUCGAACUCGCCAGAGAGCUACUACAUCAACUUCCUCUGAACGCCACAACUCCGUUCGCACCAUGGAUCCUGGCCUCGCAGAACCUAAGUCUGCUUCUCAACCCCCCCGCGGAAGUGCCUCCUUCCAUACGUAGCAGUGAACAACUUCUUGGUCCAGUCUACCGUGAAUUUGUCUCUCUCUUGGACAGAGGACUCAUGUCGCAUCCCAACUUGCCAAUAUUACAAUGGAAAUCACUUCUUACCAGAGUUUGCGAGCACACAACGGCUCAAGCUGGUGAUGCUGGUCUUGCUUUGGCCAUCGUCGAACCACUGGCAGAGGCUCUGGCCAAUUCUGUCCUUCCUAACGUGAAGGCGCUUCAAACGCAGCAGUCUACAAUGGCUAUCCAAGCCUCGUCAGCUCUCUUCAAAGCUGCCCGUAUGCCCCGAGAUGCCCACACCGUGGAAGUCACCCGACGCAGAUUGUGGGGCACCCCUUUGACAAUGGCGAAGACUAACUUGGCCGAUCCGUAUGAUCAUCUUUACAAGCUAGGGAACAACUGUCUUUGCUGGCUCUACUCCGCAACUCUAGACACUUCGCAAAGUGAGGAUAUUAGUGCAUUCAUCCAGUCAAUCACUGGAUUUUUGGACCGCUCCGGUGCUGCCUAUGGAUUAAAACUUCUGAACAAGCUACAACGUGGCAUCUGCGUUUGGAUUUUGGACGAAGAUUCACGCCUUGGGAAUCAGGACGCCAAACCUGUCUUGAAAGCCGUUCGGCAACUCUGGGAUCAAGCCUGUGCCAUCUAUACUGGCAACGGCUCUCUGAGCAAGGCCCAAUUCGACGACGCCGAGGCGCUCUUCGCCGCCGCUUUCAAGAGCAGGCAAACAUGCAUUGUGCAAAAGGCUACCAGUGCAUGGAACACCUUCGUCAAGGACGAGGACAGUGUUGAUUGCUCCGAAAGUCUCAAGUCUGCUGUGACUUCGUUGGGUCUUAAGCUAGAUAUUGCGCUCCCAGGCUCGGAAGCUAGCGGUUUCGGCGCCCAAUCUGGUCGCCGUAGAGAAGACGUUAGUUUUGUUGCUCUCUCCUCGAUGUCGUCCCUCCAAGACGGACGACAAGAACCCAAUGGGACAGCUGGCUCAUCCACACCGAAUGUGGGAAGGACUUCUCCUGGAAAGCGUUGUCCUGAAACUAUAUCGGAACCUAACAGCACCAAACGACCAAGACCGUCAGCCACACCAGAACGCCUGCCACACGACAACAUAGAAGCUCGCGAGCGCAGGCGCGAGGAACCUGUCCUCUACGCUGAACUGCAAGGUUUGUCUGCCCACACGCCACCCGAUGGGAGUGGCAAGGCGGCUACUAAAUCCAAAGCGAAGUCAAGCCCAAAGCAACAGGGCACCCCCCAAAGGGAAGAAAAAUAUAGCAAACAUAUCACAUCUACACCUACACCGAGACGGGGGCAAGCCCUUCAACUGGAUGACUUUAAUGACCCCCCGUCGUCCCCGCCCCUGCCACGACCAUACCCCCUACUUUCGGAGCUCAAGUCUCGGUCCAGGACGGGCAAUUAUACGGAAAACUGGGAGUUUUCGUCGCCGCCCGGAUCUCCGACUAUCGACCAAACUGGUAGCAGCGAGAUUGAGCAAACUCAACCCGCUACUACAGUCGAGCUCCAACUACCCGCUGUCGCCAGCGUAGAGACAACGAGACCACAGCGAGAUCAGAAAGAAGCAGAGGCAGUGGAAGAGACAGCCGCGGAAGAAGAUAUUGGAGUCAGCAAGUCAUCUCGAAGACGCAAGUCGCUACGCGGCAAGGCCGCAGUAGCAGAACCAUAUGAGAAGAGUGUUCCGGGAGUUGCCAUUCCUAGCCCAGCACCUGAGGAUGCGGUCGUAAUACCCCCGUCACAAGUUGUGCCAUCUACGCCGAUCGACGAGACAGUGCCUGAUACCGCCGGCGAGUCGAAGCUGCGCAAACGGAAGCGAUCGAGACUUUGCAGCCCUGGCAGCAUUCCUAGAAAACGUUGGUAUCCACCACGGGAAUAUGAGCCUGUGCCCGAGCCCGAGCUGGCAGUUGAAGAGACUCGCACCCGCGCUGCUGAGGCUGAGUGCGAGGAAUCACAAUCCCUGCCAGAGCUCAAGCAAGUGGAGGAGAAGGACACAACGACGAAGGAUGCCAGGAAGAGUGCGCGGCAGCAGCAUCGGUCUGUGGAAGAAUCGCCGCUCAAGCGACGCGCCUGCAGCCGAAACAACCUCAACAACAAGCGCCACAGUAGUCCGCCUGAGCGCCGACGGGAGGGCGGAGACACGGAUGGGGAAAUCUCUUCGCAACGCGUCACCGAUGCCACGGCUACUACUGCCAGCCAGCCAAAGACGGAGGUGCCGGAUAUUGAGAUGACAGCACCUGAGGCACCGGAAGCGGUCAACAAGCCGGUCCCGGAACAAACGCCCAAGGCGUCCAUCAUGGACACUCUUCGGCAGGGCCUUGCUCAGCUCCGCGACACCACAUUAUCGCGCGAUGAGGUGUACAAAAUGGAGGAGAUGCUCAUGGACAUGAAGCGCGAGAUUUAUGAGGCGGAGUUCCGCGGAAGGAAGAGCGAGUGA